GAUAGAUAACAGUUAACAAAAUUCAGUUUCCUUCAAACCAGUGUACCAUCACUGUUAUACUUUCAAGAUUUGCUUUUUUUCAAUCCUCAAAUUUCACACGGAUUAUGACGGUUAUUCUAAUUCUUAUUCUCACUCUGCUGAAUGAGUGCUUUGGACGAAUAAUCGAUAUCGGCGAUAUUUGGGAGGUAAAAUGUCCACCGGGGUGUUCUUGUGAAAUUCAAAAAUUUGCUGAUUUACCUUUACACCGAUGGAUCAUAAGGGGUCAAGAUCAGAACCUAACUAACGAUGCUAAUUUUGAAGUUGGACUAAACACAGAUCAUUCUAUGAUUUCUGAAUUUUUAAGAGUCGCUAUUUGCGUUGUUGCUGAGGAUUAUGAAGAACUUCUGGAUAAGCUUCCAUCGGAUAUUCAGGUGUUUACAAUACUUCAAUCUGGCAUGGGAGACUUUGAGAUCCUCUUACAGUCUACAACAUUCCAACGUUUUACAGAUUUAAUAUCUUUAGAUAUCCAAGGCAUAGAUUACAAUGAACCUAUAAAGAAAUAUUUAAAUAAUGAACAACAAAAGCAAGGAGGAAUUAUUUUAUCCGUUGAUUCUUUAUAUCCAUUAGGUUUAAAUCUUCUUUAUUUGAAUUUGGAACGAGUAAAAUUAACUAGUGUGAAUCCAACAAGAAGAAACAAAGCUAAUCUCGUGGUAAAACCAAUGAAUACAGUUACUAAUGAUGAAAACAAGAAUGAGCAACUACUGAAUAACAUUAGUCAAAGUACAGGACAUAGACUAAUAUUUUUAAGUCAACAAAAUAAUGGAGAAAGUGAUGAUAAAGAAAUACUUCCAUAUGAUGUGUAUAAACAAGAAAUGGAGGGUUAUAGAGAAAGCGUUGGACUUUUUACUGGUUUAGGUGCUUUAACCCAUUUGAGAGUUUAUGACUGUGAUUUAAAAGAUAUAUCAUGGCAUAUGUUUGAUGGCUUGAAUAGUCUAGUUCAUCUCUCAUUAGAGAAAAAUAGUUUGAAAUUCAUUCCAGAAUUCUGUUUUUAUGGUACACCAAAUUUAAAAGUACUUUCACUUGCUAGCAAUCAACUAUUAACACUUAAAAGUGUUGAUUUAGCUGGUUUACUAAUGCUAGAAGAUCUUGAUUUAAGAGGGAAUAAUUUAACUUUUUUAUCAGAACUAUCUUUUCCACCUUUUCCAAUGUUGAAGAUAGCAGAUUUUCGAGAAAAUCCUUUGGAUUCCAUUUUCCCAAGCACUUUUGAAAUUAUGAACACCACACUAAAACUGUACUUGGGAGGUGAGGAUUCAAAACUAUAUUUACAAAAGAAUUCAUUUCUGGGACUACAUCAACUUGAAACCUUACAUCUAUACAACUUGGAAACACCAGUUCUGGAAUCUUCCGUAUUUCAAGGAAUGCCAGAGUUAUUAGAAUUAAAAGCACAUGGAAAUAUCUCAAGUAUUGAAUUUGAUGCAUUUGCAUAUUUAAUCAAAUUAAUAGAUCUUGAUUUAAGUCAUUGUCAUAUUCGUAUGAUAUCCAUGGAUGCUUUUUAUGGUUUGGAAAAUAUUAAACGUAUUGAUUUGUCAAAUAAUGAACUAGAAUUCAUUCCACCUGGUUUAUUUGUAAUAGACCAAAAAAAGCAACUUAAAGAAAUUAUCCUUUCAAGAAACAAGUUGAUUUCACUACCUCUGGAUUUUUUCAAAAUGCUUCGUGGUCCAAAUCAACAAUCACAAUUGGUAAUUGUAAGAUUAGAUGGUAAUCCAUGGGAUUGUACUUGUUCCUUGGUUACAUGGAAUCCUCAAUUGGUAAAGAGAUUACGAGAAACUGCACCAAGAUGCUCAACUCCCAAAAGGCUGAAAAAUUGGGGAGUUUUUCAUGCAUUACGCAAGGGUGGUUUACAAUGCAGAUCUUUAAAAAGAAGACACUUAAAGAAAUUUUCAAUGGUAAAAAAUAAUUAUGAAGAUAAUAUAAUCAGUUAG